GACAGUUCCUCAGGGAUGCCGGUCACACUCAAGGUGGACCCUCAAGGAUUCUACCUGUACUGGAAGAACGGCAGUAACCCCGAUGCCGAGACUGAGAUGCUGGACAUCAUGACCAUACGAGACACACGGAAGGACAAGUUUGCCAAGGUGCCUAAGGUCAGAUUAGCGGCCUUACUGUCGGUAUUAGAAAAGCUUCACAGUUGUCGGCGGAGCUUCGUCGACGUCUCCUACUGUAACUUCAGCCAGAAGCCAGAGAUCGCUAAGUUAUGGGCGGACGAAAUACUCAAGAUGGCUUAUAACCUGAUCGCUACCAACGCCUCGCCCAUCACUUUCCUCCACAAGGCGUACAACAAACUCUGUCUCACAGCUGAUCGUCACAACAAAGUCUCUGUCAAGAAUAUUGUUAAGUUGUUUGCACGACACGGGGACGAUAAGAAGCGAGUCGAGGUGGCGUUGGAGGCUGCUGGCUUGCCCUCUGGGAAGACUGACACUGUAGGACUGGACAAAAUUACCUGGGAGACCUUCCUUACAUUCUAUCACAUGCUGACCAAUAGACUGGAGGUGGAAAAGGUGUUCUGCUCCUUGACGGACCAGUCAUACAGCGCGAACAAGAAGACCAAGCUACGAGGUAUGACCGUGGAACAGUUGGUCACAUUUCUGAACGAGGAACAAAGAGAUCCACGCCUGAAUGAGAUCCUCUAUCCCUAUGCUGAUGCUCCUAAGGCCGUGGAAGUCAUCAGAGACUACGAACCUCACAAGGAAAACAUUACAAAGAAUGUGUUAAGCUGCGAGGGGUUCCUUAAGUAUUUGAUGUCUAAGGAGAACACAGUCAUGUCCAUGGAGAAAUUGGACCAGUAUGAGGACAUGGACCAACCUCUGGGUCACUACUUCAUAAAUUCUUCUCACAACACUUACCUCACAGGCCACCAGUUCACGGGCAAGUCCUCAGUGGAGAUGUACAGGCAGUGUUUGCUGGCUGGCUGCCGUUGUGUUGAGCUUGACUUCUGGAAUGGAAGGUUGGAAGAACCAGUCAUUGUUCAUGGAUUCACACUGGUGCCAGAAAUCAGUGCCAAGGAAGUGAUUGAAGGUAUAGCAGAGUCGGCCUUCAAAACAUCUGAGUGGCCUGUAAUUUUAUCUUUUGAGAACCAUUGUAACCCCCGACAACAGGCCAAAAUUGCAGGGUACUGUAGAGAAUUUUUUGGUGAUAUGCUGCUGGACAGUCCGCUUGAAAAUUACUUGCUCGAGCCUGGCCACCCACUUCCACCGCCAUCAAGUUUAAAACGCAAAAUUAUAAUUAAGAAUAAGAAGAAACAUCGCACCCACCAUCAUUCCAAAAGAAACACACCGGGAGGCGACUCUCAGUUCCACGUUGAGCUUAACCAGACCGGAGAAUCGAGACCGACAGAGAUGCAAGGUAAUGGUGAGAUCCCGAGGCCACUGCUAGAGAAAGAAGGGUCAAGAGAGUCAUCCGAAGAAGAGAAUGAAGUAGCUAAUGCCUUUCCCCACCUGGUGGCCAGGCUGAUAGGAGAAAUACCUGAUGGAGGACCUGAGGACGUUGUAAGUUCAAGUUCUGACGAGGAGGAACUCCCACUCACACCAGAGGAAAUUCAUGAACGAGAUAUAUCAAGUCCUGGCCACUGCGCCGCUGAUGCUGAGGAGGAGGCAGGAGCAGAGAUAUCGGCUCUAGUCAACUAUGUACAACCUGUGCACUUCCAUUCAUUUGAGGCCGCAGAAAAACGAAACAGGAGUUAUGAGAUGUCAUCAUUUGUGGAAACACAGUCUAGUAACUUGUUGAAGGAGACUCCCAUGGAAUUUGUCAACUACAACAAGCGUCAGUUAUCACGUGUCUAUCCACGUGGUACUCGGGUCGACUCUUCCAACUUCCUUCCUCAUCAAUUCUGGAAUGCAGGUUGUCAGUUAGUGGCUCUCAACUACCAGACACUAGAUCUUGCAAUGCAGUUGAAUCUAGGAAUCUUCGAGUUCAAUAACAGAUCGGGGUAUCUUCUGAAGCCUGACUUUAUGAGAAGACCAGACAGGCGGUUUGAUCCAUUUGCUGAGUCAACAGUAGAUGGUAUUAUUGCUGGUACAGUUUCUGUUAAGGUUAUAUCUGGACAGUUUUUGUCAGACAAGCGUGCUGGUUGUUAUGUUGAGGUGGAGAUGUACGGUUUACCGGCAGACACAGUUCGUAAGCGAUUUAGAACUAAAACUGUUCCUAACAAUUGCAUAAAUCCUGUUUGGGAUGAAGAACCAUUUGUUUUCAAAAAGGUUGUAUUGCCAGAACUAGCCACCAUAAGAAUAGUAGCGUAUGAGGAAGGUGGCAGAGGUAGUUUGGGUAACCGCGUUCUUCCCAUAGUUGGCCUUAGACCUGGAUAUAAACACAUAACACUGCGAAACGAGGCUGGGCAACCACUGGGCAUUGCGACACUCUUUGUACAUGUAAAAGUUGGUGAUUAUGUACCACACGGCUUAAGUGAUUUUGCUGAAGCCUUAGCAAACCCUAUCAAGUAUCAGAGUGAACUGGAGAAGAGAACACAACAGCUAUCGGUGUUCCAGGACGAUGAAGAGAUAGAGCAAGAAGGUGGGGUUGGUGAACCUCCUCACACGCCUGUUAAAAAAAAUGAUUCAAAAGCAAGUCAGGGAGUUGGUGGCGAAGGCUCUCUAACUGUCGGGGACGAUGGACAGAAUAAGGCCUCAAGAACUAAAAGUAACGGGGAAGUUCCUGACACUACAUCGGCUGCACACGAGAGCACGCCCAUUGGAGCCCGGCUGCAGUGUAACAAAGACCCACCAUCUAAUACAAACAGUAUGUCAUCACCAUUUGGGCCAGAAACAUCACAGGGUAGAAGUGCCCCUAAAGUUUCUGCUAGUGCUGGCUUGCUAGCAGCACUCAUGACAUGUUUUGUCUCAAAUAGGGCAGGUCGCCAGAACUCUGUCUCAGCCAAGGCUCACUUGAACACAAAGACAAGUGAGGAAAAGCCUGACCGGGAAAAGGAGGGUUCUGUGACUCUCCUAGAAACAAGCAAACAUCUUAUUGAAGCUGAAGGGUUAGACAAACUGUUAAACUACAAGAGUGUGAAAGAGAAGAGAGUGGAGCUGGAGAAGAGCAUAGACAAGUUACGAAAAAAAUAUGAAAAGGAACGACAAAAUCUCACUCAACAGCAAGAGAAGAGGAGAAGUCAACUACAGAAAUCACAUUCUAAACUCGUUAAAAAAUACUCAGCCAACAAAGGCGUUGAACCGGCAGGACCUGUUGCAAAAGAAAGCACGCAGGAGCUUAGUGCAAUGCAAGAGGACCUCGAUUUACGUUUACAGGAGCUAGAGAAGUCGUACCAAGCAAGUCUUAGUGAACUAGGGCAAGCAUCUCUCAUUGCUGAAAAGAAACUGCAAGAGAAAUAUCAUGAACCAAUCUUCACUGCACUGGAGAAGGCCAUGAAGAUGUCUCAAGCAGCACAGUUAAAGACCUUACAGACCUUACAUGACAAACAAGUUGAUGAUAUUAAACGUAAAACAGAGGAACAACACAGAGAAAAGCGAAAAGGACUUGUCAAGACAGUUGGUGGUGAUAAAGAAGAAUUAAGCAGGAAAAAGCGUGAGAUCAGUAAACAAAUAGUUGCUGAAGGUAUCCAGGAAAGACAGAGACUCACAGACAUUCACGAUAAGAAGAAGGCAGAGUUAGAAAAGCAACAAGAAGAAAUUCGAAAUCAGUACGAAGAGGAGAAGCAAAGGGCAAGAAAUGCAAUUGAAACAGAGUUUGAAGAAAAACGUAGAAAACUUGAAGAAUCCAUUACCUCUUAGACCUCUGUUGAAGAUAGAGGGUGAGGCUGCAUGUACCAGUACUAUGGCACAUGGUUUGCCUACCACUGAGAGAACACACAGCCCCAGGUUCCUUAACAGUAGGCGCCUUUGUUUAAGCAGAUGACAGUUCAAUGUGAUGUCAAGCCUAUUCGGGUCCUUCCACAGACCUGCUUUACAGUUGACUUGACUCUCUAAAGGUCAUUUGUUUGUGUGUGUGAUAAAAUCUACUGGCGCCUGAAUAAACAAAGAAGCUUUAUAUGUGUGGGUCGUUCAAUACUAGUCACUGUCUAGAGGAAACCACUAGUGCUGCCCAUAAUGAGCCACAUGUGUGUUUAGGAUUUAUGUAAUUGUGGGUUUAUUAUGUACAGUGUAAUUCUGAUGAAAGUUUUUAUAUUUGCUGUAUACUAGAAACUUGACAUUAGAGGCUGACUAAGGUGAUAAGCAUGUUUUGUUUGGCAUUUUGAGACUGAAGUUUGUGCAGUCACUGCCUCUGGCUAUGAAGGGGAAUGAAUGCAAAUUGUCUGAUUAUUUAGAGAAAGGAAAGACAUUUAAUUAAUAGAUGUUUCACUAGUUAAGACUUUUUUUUUCUGAAUUAUAUAUAUUUAUUACUCAUGUUUUACAAUCUUUAUUGAUGAAUGUACCCUGUGCUGCUGGAUACAAAUUAACUUAUUUUAUAUGGGAACAUGAUUAUUUUCAGUAUUUGUUGAUUUAGUAUCAUAAAUUAUGUCAAAAAUCACUUAUAUUGUGUAUAAUAUUUACAGUUGUGUACAUUAUGAUGGGUCACAUUGUGUUAUUAGGUGCCAAUUUUUGUUUCCCUUUAUUAUAAGAUAUUGUGAUACAAAGUGUGGAAUAGUUAUUCAUUUGAAGUGUAGUUCAUAUCAUCCUUAAAUAUUCAUUUCUCAUCACGAUGUUCUAUGCCAUGUACCGUACUAAGUUUUUGUUGAUUUAUUCCCUGUUGAUAACUGUUUGUAAUUUGUCAAUACCUGGGAAGUUUGUUCACGACCAUCACCGAGUUACAGUACUACUUUUAUAUAUAAUUUAUCUUACGUUGUUGUGAUCAGAGUAUAUUAUUUGUGAUUCCAUGUGUGGAGACAGGAAACUGAAGCUGUAAACAAUCAUUAGACAUAUGCCAAUGUUGAUACUGUCAUUUAUUGUUAAACAUGUAUAUAGCUACUUCAUUGAAUUUUUAAUAUGAAUAUAAUCAUUAGCAUCAAUAACAGUAUGGAUGCAAAUAUAUGUGGUAAAUGUAUUAGGAAUUUCAGAAGUGAAAAUGAAGACAAGAGGCUGCGUUCGACAAUUUCCUCUUCGUACAUGUACGAUAUGAUCGAUUUCUCAUCAGUAAUGUUUCAACAAUUGGUAAGGAAUGUUUUCAACUCGCUACACUUCACAUCAAACAAUGCAAAUAAUGGCUUAAUGUUUAAAUGAGUUACUGCCUUGUAUCUUAGACCAUGAUAAAAAAAAAAUUUCUAGAUGAAUUGUGAACCACCAAUCAGCCAACACUGAUCAUGCAAAUAUUUUCUUUUGUUUUAUCCUCACAACCUUUAUCAUAUAUAUACUGUAAUUACUACCUACCACUCUCCUAUACAGUAUAGUAGUUGCUCAUAGUUAUCCCCUGACAAAGAAUAAUUACAGUGUUCAGUGUUUGUUAGAGUUAUAUAAGACAAUUCAAUUCCAUAAGAAUCUUGAAGGUGUAAAUCUUUCCUUUUCAUUUGGAGAAAAUAAUAACAUAAGCUUGUGCAUGAGCCUUCGAUGAGGUGCUUAAUUCUCAUUAAUUUUCGAACGCAGCCAAAAUAUUCUAUGCAGAUGUAGUUUGACCAUAGUCCUUACUUGCCUUUCUACUCCUUAAAAAAGAAGCUCUGCCUCACGGUACACAUAACUAAGGAUUCAUUCCAGAGAAAAUGAAAACAUGGUUACCCUCAACUCUGUUGUAUGAAAUUAUGCUUUAGUAUGUGAAAUUUACGAGUUUAAAUUCUAAAAGUGACUACGGAUAUUGAUAGAUUACAUAUAUAAAAUUCUUGACCAUAUUAUAGUACAAACAUUUAAUUAUGCUAUGAUCUUGUAAUGCAUGUAAUAAAUAUUUUAUGUCAUGAAAGUUUUACAGAUUUGUGAUUUCAUGCUAAAUAUUAUUACACUAUUCUUAUUUACUCUUCCAGUGUAAUUGUAAUAAAACCUCACAGUAGUCAGUUUGUGAUGAGGUUUUGCUGGUUAGUUGUCACUGAAAGAGAAGCAUAUAUACAAACAUAUGCUACACAAUUUUGUUAAUUUAUUUUUCUACAGAACAACUACAGGGAGGUCCUAUUUUUCAGUGGAGAUCAAUAAAUUACUUCUUUCUCUCUCUCCCUCUCUCUUUUGUUGAUUUACUUUAUUAUAUUUUUACAUUGUUUUGCAUCUACUUAUUUUUGUCAAUUGGUGUUUUAUUUUAUGACUCAGUAUCAAUGAGUUACACAUGAUAUCCAAACCAUCAGACAUCAACUGCCACUAUCAGGGUGGGUGAGACCAGUUACUAUUUCCUGCUGCAAAUAGCUACUGUUCCUCACCCACAUGAAACAGUCAAAUAUUUACUGGAUCUCAUUUGAUGUGAUGGUUGAAGCAAGGUCCAGUGAGGUCUUAGGUCAGGGACUCAAAAAACCCUUAUAAUGAACUCUCAUGAUUGAGACCCUUGUUGGUCAUUAAAAGUAUAUGUAGAUGUCAUUCCUCUCAGUUCCUGCCACAACUCCAAGUGGUCAGUACACAAGCUACUCCUGCCCUCAGUCAAGUGACUUGCCAUAUUCUAGAAAGAUAUUUGUUAAGAAUGCUCUUUGUUGUAUUUGUUAAUGUGUUCUUUAAGUUAAGUGUUUGCCAUAGUCAUUUUACUUAAUCAUACAGAGUUUAGAAAUUAAGAUGAGGUGUGUUCAGUUAAGCAGUUGUCUAUAUUCAUGGUGCAAGUGUUAAUUGUUUUUAUUGAUAUCAUCAGUGAACUUCUGAAGGAGGAUAGUAAAUGGGGCUGCAAUAGUUCCCAGAGUUACAGGUUUAGUGAUUUUCACUUAAAUAUGGUAGCUUAGACUUUAAAUAAAAUUUAAAUUAGUAUUUUAUUUGACAUCUGGACACUGCAAUCCUCCUUGGGUGAAGCAAACGUUUCUCUUUGGUCCAGGCAUAAUUACUACUUCAAAAUCACGUACAUUUACAUCAAACAAGAUUAAAAACUCUUUCGUAAUAAUUCUCAAAUAAUAUUUCACUUCCUUUUAGUUGAAUAGUAUGAAGUGCUUUUCUUCUUCUGGGAUAUGAAAUUUGGUAAUCCAUUCACGAACUUUAUAUCAGAAAUUACCAAGGAAUAUAUAAAGAAUGAACUCUAACUUAUAAUUUUGGUUUAUAAUCAACAGAUAUUCACCAAAGACUGAGCUACUGUAGUCUCCCAAGUUACAAACAUGAUUGGUUUGAUACUACCGUACGUACCUUUAAACAUCCAAGGGUGAAUAAAACUUUUAUUUUAUAUUUUUAUACCAAUUGAGCUGGAUCUUCGGGCAGACACAUUUUAUCAGUGACAAAUCCUGCAUUUUGAUACAGAUUAUUCACUUGAUCUCUGACUUGAACAAAUAAUACAAUAGUUUGUACCAUCUUAAUCUACCUUUGAACUCUUAGGUUUUCGUUUUUUUUUUUUUUUUUUACAGUCUUACGGCUCCUUGUUUGUUUACUCUAUAAUUGGAUAUUAACAAUCCUCAUGAUAAUUACUGUUAACAUUAUGUUACAAUAGUUUGCUUUCACUCCAGUUUAGACUUUCCUUGACUCCUGAGAGUUUGGCUAAGUCUAUAUAUACCCGUUAAGUCUUGAGACAUAAACAUUCUAUUUCUUCCUAACACAACUAUAUCCUUCAUGAGCUGGAGGAGAUUUAAAUGAGUGCUAACUGAAGUAAUAAUUCAUGAGACCUAUCAAAGAUUUCAACAAUCGCUCCGGGCAAACCUUAAAGAAACUAUCAGAUUAGAACUACUAAGUCCACAAUACCUAAAACCAGUAAUAAAGUUUCUUAACACAAAUUUCCUCGAGAGAUUUAACAUGAAACAUUAAAUUAACAGAUAUAAAUGAUUUGUGGAUAGUUAAAAUAUGUAUUUGAAACCCAUCAUACUGAGAAUGAAACUAGUUAUAAGUAAUUAACUAAAAUUAUUGAUAAAAAAACAUUGUACUUCAGAAAUAUUUAGUUUAAUGCAAGUCCACUAAAAAUUUGUUAUUUUUUGGAAUCCCUUUACUAUUAUUCAAGUACAGUACAAGGAUAGGCUGCUGGGGUGAGUAGUGUGAUAUCUUACUUGUACUGUACUGGGUGAUAAUCCUAUGUAGCCCAGGCCUAUGCUUAGGACCCUAGUACAGUAUAUGUAAUAAGUUCUGCCUCAUGUGGGGGAAAACUAUGCUCGUGGAAAGUGACAUGAUAAGAGUAUUUUUUGUCUUAUAUCUGGAUGGCAGUCUGGAAGUUCGAGGUCACAAUAAUCUGCAGGAUGAUGGGGAUAAUGACUAUACUAACUGUGUCUAGGUUCCAUCAUUCUCAUAAGUGGGAUAAGAAUUAGUCCACUCACAUUACCAGAGUCAAGAACAUGCUCACAAGUGCCUGGAAGUGAGAUUAAGUAUACUGUAUUAUUGUAUCAUUGUAAGUGAAAUUAACGAACAUAUGAGAUCAUGUGUUGUAGACAUGUCAUCACUCUCUCCACCUCACAGAUUGGGAGCUUAGCAUCAGACCACACGCCCUAGCUGGGAAUAGAGUAAUGCUUUACGAACAGGGGGGUAAGGAUCUAAUCUCUUUUGUCUCAGAUUUUCCACUGUGGGGAGGAUGGGGGAACUGAAGGGAUGGGGUCACAACCUGAUUAAACUUUUUUCAAAUCAUUUACAGUUUCUGCUACCAUCUUGAACUGGGGCAGGUGCUGUAGCAGGGUUAGCACUAUAAGAUGAAUGGGAUGCAGGAUUAGUGUUUUAGAACUUCACACCUCAGUAGUGUGUCAACUUGAUCAGCCUCUGGUUUUAUUCAGUGAAUGUAAGACUGAGGACACUUUGUUCUGUUGGAACCUGAGUACUGUACCUGUCUCUUUGGUUGACAGUCAGUAAGUCAACUCCUCAGGAUAAUAUGAAUAUGGGGAGUUUAUGGUUUGUUCCUCUAUAUCUUACUGAGGAGCGGGCUUUAGAGAGGCAACAUAGGUGUGAUACCAAACUGAGUUCUAAUAUUUCUUACAUAUUGGUGAGAGAAACACAUACCCCCUGUACACAGUUAAAAUAUGAAAGAAUAAAAGUAAUCAAUUCCACCAAAAAUCAAUAGCUACAUUAUUCACAAAUUAAAAAAAAUCAAUAGCUAUUCAAGUUUCUACAAGCCUCAAUUGACAAUUUUAGUGGCAGCUAUAUGAUCAAAACGAUACAGUAUAUCUGUAACAAAUACAAGUACUGCACAGCUAACAUCUACUAUACUCAAACAUAUACACUGGCUAAUAAUAUGCAAAAAAAUAAUAAUAAAAUAGCAAAAAGUCAUGUGAGUAUUAAAUAAAAGAAUAACAUUAAGUGACUGUUGAUGAUGUGAUACAGUACUGGGACAACACUGAAUCACCCGAAUGAAUUAAGCUUGCUGGAGUGAUUAUCUUAAGAGGCCAAACACUGGCAUUGGCCUUUAGCUAUAACUUUGAGGUCCUGAACUAUAAAAUUAAUUAUACUUUCUUAACUUUCAUGUACAAGUGACCUAGUGGACACAAGAGGUUUUCUCUUCUUUGGUGGUGUAUUUUAGAGGAGUUUCUCCCCAUUUUGGGUAGAGUAUUAAGUAUUCACUUCAUCUUCAUUUAAAAAUAUACUUGAAGAGCUAAAGAACCAAAACUGUGGAUAUUGGAAGAAAAAGGUAGUUUUUUGUAUAGUCGCAGUCAAAAGUUCGCUCCCUGUGAUGAUACUGAGGUUCCGAACUUACUUACCCUGACUGUCAUCUGGUGUGGGUGUGCUUUGUUUAUCUCCUUUGGGGGUCGAUACAGUUUAGGAGGGAGAAAACUUUUGACCCCAGGUGUACAUCAUAGUUAUGUUGUACAGUACUUCCUUGUGGGGUGUGUGUAGUAGACAUUUGAGUAUGACCACCUCUCUCCAGUCCUAGCAUGUUUAAAUUUUAAAGGUCGCUUGUUGAAGUUCUGUAGUCAAGAAAUGAAGGACUGUAGUAUGGAAAUCUAUUUUAUGAUGGGAUGAAGCAAGUUACUGGUAACUUGUUUUGUUUCCCUUUUCCUAAGCUGGUUUAAAUUUGGUAAGAACUGAGAGAACCAUCUUCUGAAUUCCCCCUUUAUAGCAUGCAGGGGACUUGACUUGUGUGAAUUUAUUGUAAGGAUUUCAUCAGCUAGUGGAUCAAGUAAAUCUUUGACCUAAUUUGAAUAGGUGAGAAGUGUUGCUCGCAGUAGAAAACUUGAUCUUGCCUUCUCUGGCUAAAUAAUGUAUCCUUCUGUUAAAACUGUUAAACCCUCCGGCAAAAGGCAGGUUUUGCAAGAGAGUAAUUGGGGAUUUGAAUUUGACAGAAUCACUCUUUUUCUACCCCUCAGUCAUAAUGUGUGAUUCAGUACUUCUUCAACAUCAUUGUUUAUCUCCCUCUCCAACACACACACUCUAGGCUUCCAUCAUUUUUCUAAAUCUAUUACCACAUAAAUAGCAAAAAUUUGAUCUGAAGCCUUACUGCUCUUAAUUUAACCUAUAUUGGUGCUAUAAUUCUCACAAGAACUUUACCACACAUUCUCUAGUGUAUUGUAUUCAACAAACUUAUUCAUCUAUACUACUGAGUAAGUAUCAUAAACCUUUGCAUUUCACCAACCUGGAAUAUUGUUAUAUCUUUUGCACUGCCUCGUACACGAUUAACUUAACUCCCUUUAUUUGUCGUUCAUCACUUACUUCUCCUUUACUUUCACCUUUAAUUCGCUUAACAUGCCAUUCAAGUGUUCCAUUUUAUUUUUUUAAUUAUUAUUGUGUAUUUACUGUAUAUAAUUGUGCAUCACAGUGCACUUACAUACGUAUAACAUACUUAGUCUACAGUGGCACUCGAGUCUCACUGGCUGGAGGCUCAAUAUACUUGUACAGGUAUUGUUGUUUAGUGUAUUGAGCAAAUUCCAUAAAUAUAUAUGCUCUGUGUUCACCAGUUGUCUUGUUAGAAAGUUAAUUCUGCAUUGCAGAGUGCCAGGGCUGGUCCCAUUUAAGACUCAUUAUGCCUCAUAGGAUGAAUGGGAAAUGUACUGUAUUUAAUAUUUGGUUAAACAGGCUACAGUAGUUCUUUAAAGCAUUGACUGGUCCCAUGGUAACACCUCCACGUCUCACUUGUGGUUGAAGGUUUGCGUCUCACUUGUUACAGGCAAAAGUAAUUUGUUGGUAUCUUAGAAGUCAUUUUUGUCAGUACAUAUACAAAAUUAAUAAUAUUUUGAAGGUACCAUAACUGAAAAAUACCAUGAAACAGAGUUGAUUGUAAACCAUGUUCAGUAUUGUUGCAGCAACUUUAUAUGUACUAUUUUCAUAACAUGUGGAGUAACUAACUUUGCAUUCUAUGUCAGGAUUGAAAAUAAACCCCCAAAACAUGAAGAAUAUAAUGGGCUCAUUCCCAAUACGCUUGCCCUGUAAUAUUGGAUACAGUAUAAAUUAAUUAACUUGUGUGUUUCAUCAUCAAAGAAGCAGUUGAAAAUUUUGCACUUUGAUCCUCGAUUACAAAACGUAAAGUUUGCUUUAGGCCGAGCUUCUUUCCUCAGAUGUUUCUCAGUAACAUUUUGGAUGGCUUAGGAUGUGAAGUGUUUUCCAGAAAGAAUUGUGUAUGAAUCAUGUUUUGUGGUCACUUGGCUAGUGUAGUGAAAUUGCAGAGUUCUUUUGAUGUGUUGGAGUCGGAUUAUGACUACUAGACUUCCAUUCAUUUUUCAUAGGAACCUUAACUGCUCUUAAUGGAUAGAAGGUCUGUUUUUUAUAUGUCAUUUUUUGUAAAGUUAAACCUCAGUCAUUAUGUGAAGUCAGCUGUGUAUAAUAGGUGUUCAUACAUCUUCCUUCUUAUACAUAUGACCAGCUGUUCUAUAAUGGAGUAUUUAGUGUUCUUAACAUACCACAGAUCCCAACCCACUAAUCUUGACAUUUCAUUCAUUAUAUGUGUCUACACUGUAAGAGGUCAGGUCUAAACCUUGAAAACAUUUACACAGUAUAUGGUUGCCCUGAAAUCAUCGUAUCCCAAGUUCCACUUACAUGUUCAUCAGUGAGUUUCUUCUCAUUGUCAGCAAGAGAGAGAGAGCAAAUUGUAUUCAUUAGAAAGUAUAAAGUUGGUUGGCCAGUUUUCAUUUUUGAGCUGUAUUUGUGUAUAAAUUGAUGGAUUAUUGAGCUAAUUCAGUUUGCCUUCUCUCUAUCAACUGACGUCAGAUGAUCGUUAUCGAAGUGUGAAAAGUGUAGAGAGCAAUAAAAGAGUCAGUUUCAAUGGUUUUUGGCUCAUCACCACGUUUGAGCCUUUCAAUAUAUCACCGGUUACACUAAGAGAUUAUGCCUGUUGAAUUGGAUGCCACUCAGUUGUAUUGUUUUCCCAAUUGUUUGUUAUUUGUUGUCAAUGUGUAGAGACCGGCAACAUACCAGAUAUUUCCCCUAAGUAGUAUUUAAGUUAAUGGACCAAUGAAAAGUCAUUGAUAUGCACAUCAAUACAUAUGUGCAUGCACAUGAGCAUGCAUACACACUUACACAUGAUACAUGCACACAAAUACACUUGAAAAAUAAGAACCUAGAAUGUUCCCAAGGUUUUAAAGUCAUAUUGAUGUCACAACCUGCAGCCGAGUGCAUCAGACAUUCUUGUUCCUUUGAAAGUUGACUGGAGAAUGGCUAGCACUUUGGAAUAUAUGUGGAACUUUUGAGGAGGGCUCUAGCUCUGGGCAGUAAGACAAAUCUUUGUUCAUAAACACAACAAAAUUUUGAAAUGUAUGGUUUAGGGCAUUAUUAAGUGGAGAGCUGCUGAUGCAGAAUUGUACACUAUUUUUUUAUACAGGAAAUCUAAUUGGACUGUAUUCUUACUUCUUAUGCAAUUCCUAACGGUUAAUUCACACACAUAAAAUAACUCUUGAGUGCUGAUGUGCUGCUCUAGGUACAAAUGCACAUUAUUUUGUAUAGCAUCUACAUGAGCUCUCUUUCAUGGAGGUGCUUUCUAUAUAAAUAUAUGGGUAAAUACUUGAUUUGAAACUUAAACUGUCAAGAUUUGAGCCUUUAAAGCUGAGGUUGUGAAAAAGUUUGGUCAACAUGACUGUCUUGAGGCACAGCCACCAAAUACAAGAGCUGCAUUCAUA